AUGAAGGUAUUGUCUGAGCACCACAAAGCAGCCUCGAAAUUCUUUCGAGGUACAUUUCGAUCGAACAACGUCGUUGUCCAGAAUCAACGAAGAAGCUGGAAAACGAGCACUGCUGCGUACUGUUCUAAGUUCCUCUGCUCUAAUAGCCUUAUAGAGCAGUUCUACAAUAAGCGCUUCCUCUUUAGCACGCUUAGCAGCCUAGACAGCCUAGGCCUAGGCAACAAUAAUUUGCUCACGCACAAGGUCGUCAAGCACAGCCAGGACGUCAAGUUCCAGGAGACAGCAGACAGCGUCAUCAAGACGACCAUUAGCAACAAUGGCAUCCAUAUCUACAUUCUGCUCUCGCAGACCGCCCUCAUCAUCUCCAACAUGAAGAGGUCCUGCGACUGCCCUCACUGCCAGAGCUUGAUCAAGUCCAGCUACUUCCCGUCGGCCGUGUCGGAGUACACCCCGCUCAGCGACGGCGACACGGAGCCGGAGGUCGUCGAGCGGGACGUCGAGGUCGGCCAUUAA